AUGGCGGAUUACGUUGAGGAAUGUGAUGUUGAAGGAGGAAAUCUAUCUAAUUGCAAUUCCGGGUCAUCUUCAACUUCAGCAACUGUAGUUCUUAUACAGAAGUUUAUUGCAGAAGUGCUCGGAACUUACUUUGUCAUUUUCGCCGGAUGUGGAUCGGUGGCGGUUAAUAAGAUAUACGGGUUAGUGACGUUCCCUGGGAUCUGUGUGACAUGGGGACUCAUAGUCAUGGUCAUGGUUUACUCCGUCGGUCACAUCUCCGGCGCACAUUUCAAUCCCGCCGUCACCCUAACUUUUGCCAUUUUCCGUCACUUUCCUUGGGCUCAGGUGCCUAUGUAUGUAAUUGCACAAGUAUUGGGAUCGGUGUUGGCCAGCGGUACCCUGGCUCUAACUUUCAACGUCAAACUGGAGCAUUUCUUUGGUACAACUCCUGCUGGUUCUGAUGUUCAGUCUCUAGUCCUUGAGAUUAUAAUCUCCUUCCUUUUAAUGUUCGUCAUAUCCGGGGUUUCUACAGAUACCAGAGCGAUUGGAGAACUUGCUGGAAUUGCAGUUGGAAUGACAAUAAUGCUAAAUGUAUUCGUUGCUGGGCCGGUGUCUGGAGCGUCUAUGAACCCAGCAAGAACUCUUGGUCCUGCAAUUGUGAUGCACAACUACAAAGGGAUUUGGGUUUACAUAGUGGGACCAGUCAUCGGCACCAUUUUUGGAGCUCUAUGCUAUAACCUAAUAAGGUUCACGGACAAACCAUUACGGGAGAUAACCUCCAGUAAAUCAUUUCUCAAGAGCAUCUCAAGAAAAUAA